GAGCCAUUGGCCCGCCGCAGCAGCCGGGGACCGCCGCCCGCCCAUUGUAAACACCGGGAGAUGCGUUCGCUCGGCAUCGCCUUUUGGGAGGGGCCAAGGGCAGAGCUGCGCUCUUAUUGACUAGGGCUGUGUGUGUGUGAGGCUCUCCCGAGCAGCCCGGUGCUUCAUUUCCUUCCUUCCUGCCGGCCGGGAGCUCGCAGCCCGAGUGCCUGUGAUAACCACUGAGUUACUUAAAGAAUCUCUUGGGAGCUGAAGAGGCAGCAUCUUCCAGGCUCAGGGGCAUUGUAUCUGAGAUCACCUCGAUUUUCCUGGAGUUGUCAUUUUGAUUCAUCAAGGAGCUGGUUGGUUACUGAAAAGCUCAGAAUAUUUCCUCUGAUUGUCUUCCUAUUUGGAUCUCUGCAGAGGUUGGAAGGUUUAAACACCCACCAUGGAUGACUUUGAACGCCGCAGAGAGCUCAGGAGGCAAAAGCGUGAGGAAAUGCGCCUGGAAGCAGAGAGGCUGUCCUACCAGAGAAAUGAUGAUGAUGAUGAGGAAGCCGCCAGAGAACGUCGCCGGCGGGCUCGGCAGGAGAGGCUGCGGCAAAAGGAAGAAGGAGAUCUCUCAGGAGAAGGGACAGAGAAAUCCGAGGUUAAUGCCCAAAACAGUGUGGCAGGAGAGGAAAGCAAGCGCUCCACAGACGAUGAGGCUGCGUUGUUGGAGAGGCUGGCAAGACGGGAGGAGAGGCGCCAGAAACGCCUGCAGGAAGCCCUGGAACGUCAGAAGGAACUCGACCCCACGAUCACAGAUGGGAGCUUGUCAGUGCCCAGCAGGAGAGAAGUAAACAACGUGGAAGAAAACGAGACCACGGGGAAAGAGGAGAAGGCUGAAACACGCCGAGGGCGCUACGAGAGCGAGGAGACGGAAACGGUCACCAAAUCGUACCAAAGGAACAACUGGAGGCAAGAUGGGGAAGAGGAGGACAAAAAAGAAGGAAAAGACAAGGAGGAGGUACAGGAGGAGAAACCAAAGGAGCUCCCCGUAGAGGAAAAUCAGGUAGAUGUGACAGCAGAAAAAGAAGAGGCAGGAACUGUAAAUGCAGAGGAGCACAAAGCAGAGAACAGUACAAAUGCUGUGCCAGAAGGGACACAAAGUGUAACUGAUGCUGUAGAUACAGAGAAGGUUAGGGAUGAGGAAAAGGCUGAGGCAGAAAGGAAGGAAGCAGAAGAAAAGGAGAGGCUAAAAGCAGAGGAAGAAAAGCGGGCAGCUGAGGAAAGACAGAAAGCAGAGGAAGAAAAGAGGGCAGCUGAGGAAAGGCAGAAAGCAGAGGAAGAAAAGAGGGCAGCUGAGGAAAGGCAGAAAGCAGAGGAAGAAAAGAGGGCAGCUGAGGAGAGGGCAAAGGCAGAAGAGGAGAAGAGGGCAGCUGAGGAAAGAGAGAGGGCUAAAGCAGAGGAGGAGAGGAGGGCAGCUGAGGAAAAACAGAAAGCAGAGGAGGAGAAGAGGGCAGCUGAGGCGAGGGCAAAGGCAGAAGAGGAAAAGAGGGCAGCUGAGGAAAAGGCUAAGCUAGAAGCAGAGAAAUUAAAGGAAAAACAAAAGAUGGAAGAACAGAAAAUAGAAGAUAAACAGGUAAAAGAGAAGAAAGUAGAAGACGAAAAACCUCAAGCAGCUUUCUUAAAGAAAAAGGAGGAAGAAAAAGUGGAAGCUAAAAAGGAAAAGCUGCCAGAAGAGAAGCUCCAAGCUACCUCCAUAAAAGAUCAGGUAAAAGAUGACAAAGGCAAAACACCCAAAGAGGAGAUGAAAAGCGUCUGGGAUCGCAAGAAGGGCGCUCCUGAGCAAAAGGCACAGAAUGGAGAGCGUGAACCCCCUGCCUCCAAACUCAAACCCACUGAGAAUGCUUUUGGGCGCUCCGGCGGGAAGGGGACGGCGGGCGCGGAGGAGGCGAAGCCGGGCGUGGAGGCUCUGCGGAGGCUGGAGGAUCAGCGGCGCCGCCGCGGCGAGAACGAGAGCGAGGAGCUGGAGAAGCUGAAGGAGAAGCAGCAGGAGGCGGCAGCGGAGCUGGACGAGCUGAAGAAAAGGCGGGAGGAGCGUCGGAAGAUCCUGGAGGAGGAGGAGCAGAAGAAGAAGCAGGAGGAGGCUGAGAGAAAAAUCAGAGAGGAGGAGGAAAAGAGGAGGAUGAAGGAGGAGAUCGAAAGAAGAAGGGCUGAAGCUGCUGAGAAACGCCAGAAGAUGCCAGAGGAUGGUGUGUCUGAAGACAAGAAGCCAUUUAAAUGCUUCAGUCCUAAAGGUUCAUCUCUCAAGAUAGAGGAGCGAACAGAAUUUUUGAACAAAUCUGCUCAAAAGAGUGGUAUGAAGCCCACCCAGACAACAGCAGUUGUCUCAAAGAUUGACAGCAGGCUUGAGCAAUACACUAGUGCAAUUGAGGGCACAAAGGCUUCCAGACCAGCUAAAGCUUCUGACCUCCACGUUCCGGCCGAGGGUGUCCGUAACAUCAAGAGCAUGUGGGAGAAAGGGAAUGUUUUCUCCUCACCUUCUGGGACAGGAACACCAAAUAAGGAAACCGCUGGGCUGAAGGUUGGUGUCUCCAGUCGUAUCAACGAGUGGUUGACCAAAACCCCAGAGAGCAACAAAUCCCCUGCUCCAAAACCUUCUGAUUUAAGACCAGGAGAUGUAUCUGGCAAACGUAACCUCUGGGAGAAGCAGUCAGUGGAGAAGCCAGCUGCUUCUUCAAAGGUAUCAGCUACAGGGAAAAAAUCAGAGACUAAUGCAGGUUUGAGACAAUUUGAGAAAGAACCGUAGAAGGCCGCUAAAGACGCUGGACCAAUCAAUUUGGGGGAAAAAAAAAAAAAAGGAAAAAGUGCUAAAUUGUUCUUUUUAUAUUUAUGUUUAUUUACCAAAAUGUCUUUUUUGCAUUAUCCCAGUUAAAACCAUGUAUAUUAGCACUGUAUUUAAUAAUCAGUCUAGACUUUCAUCAGAAUAGUACUGCCUUUGCACAAGAGCCUUUAUUCCUAAAGAAACCCAUGCUGUGAAAUAUGUAGACUCUCCUACUGACAGUCAUAAAUGUGUAUCUGAACAGUGAUUUCAGCUGCCAUUAGAGGUCAACCCAAAACGCAUGUAAAGUAAAGUUGCUUGGGAAAGGUGUGCAGUAAACCUAUAAAAACAAUGGUUACUUUUGUAAUACAGAAGUCUUUUUCUUUCUGCACUUUAGACUAAGGCAUGGAAGAAAUAUCUUUAGUUGACAAUGUAAUAUUUUCUGUAAGUUGCCCAUGUCAUGAGAGACACUGCAUCAAUGACGUGUUUUAAUUUUUUUUUUUGUUGUUUUGUACUUUUUUAAGUAUCAAUUUUUCCAUUCUAGUUUAAGUUAAUACCUAAAUUUGGAUGAUUAUGUUAGCUGACAGCGGUACUGAUAUUUCUUUUUGUUGUUAGUGACUAGUAAUUGAAUGCAAUCUAGAAUAUAUAUAUACACACAUAGCUUUACAAAGUUUAGCCUGAAGGCACUACUAAUGGUAGAAUGCUUUAAUAUGUGCUAGAGUAUUAUAUUUAGCAAUAAACAUACAUAAUUAGCCAAUAUCACAGCUUAAAAAAAAUAAAGACAAAAUCACACACUUCUCUAUAGUAAGAUUUCAUAAUUGUCAUUAAAGGUAUGGUGAGAUAAGUAUUAAAAAAAUUUAAAUGUCAGUUGCCCAGUAAUGGGUAAUUAAAAAGAAAGUAUAGUUUUUAAAAGAGGAAAAGGUAAGGGUAUAGAGGGUCAAAAAUAGGUCACUUGUAUAAAACGUUGUAGUUUAAUUUAUAUAAAACUACCAUAAUUAAAAAGAGAAAAAUGUAAA